UGUGGAUGUGGUCCGCAGCCGGAGAAGCCGUGUACUAGGUACCGUCGUCGAGCGCGGCGUUUUCGUCCUGACUGGGUCGUCCGACAGUCGUAGCCCGACCGCGCUGCGCGCGCGCGUGAUCGGCGCAUCUCGUUUGUGUUUGUUUCUUCGACGAAGGAUGUUGUUGCCGGCUUGUCGUGCUUGUCGACAGUGACCUCAGCCAGUGGUGUCCGCUGUUUGAAACGCCGGGAGAAGGAUUCCCCCGCCGCUGCCGACUCAUGCACUUACCCUGAGGUGGGGACCUGUUGGCAACGGGACGGGCCGUUGUGUUUCCGUCCGCUGCCCGGAUCACGCGUACUUGUCCACGACUCCGUGCGUCGGCCUUUUUCCCACGGGUUCGCCGCCUCUUCUUCCUGUCUCCGGUUCUUUCUGCAGCGGCUCCGUUCCGUUCCUCGGAUUAUCUUUCCUGCAUUUCCGGACGUAUACUACUACGCAUUCUGAAGUGCCCCAAAACGUCGCUGGCUUCUCUCCUUCUUGUGAUUGUCUGCACAUCUUCCGGUGGCGCUCGCAUGGUUCGCAGGCUGGCUUUGUAAACCAAUGCUAAGAAAUUGUUCUUGACGCAACAAGCGUCGCCGUUGCCCUGCUUCUGCGGGAAGACUCUUCGCCCGUCAAGCCAUGCCAGGAUAACUGGCUGUCACAAGCUCUCCUCACAUCAUAAAGGUGUGUCGCCCUCACGGCGAGAGUAGAGUGACGAUGGAAGGAAGACAGUGUUUACCGGCGAGCCACACGUGAUGUCUCCAGCAGUAGCCAUGUGGUGCGCUGCGCUGGCGCUGCUGCUUUGUGCCGCGGCAGCCGCGGGUCUCGAGUCGCCAUCGGGCAGCGGCGCGGCCUCCUCCUCUUCAGGUCACUGUCCCAGCGCUUGCACCUGCAAGUGGAAAGGCGGCAAGCACACCGCCGAGUGCGUCAGCCAGGGUCUCUUCUCCGUGCCCGUGGGUCUGCCCCAGGGACUACAGGUGAUCCACUUGGAGCGGAACAACUUCCAUUCGCUGCCCGGCCGCACGUUCCAGGAGCGCGGCCUGGUCGACCUUCAGCGGGUGUUCCUCUCUCAGUGUCGUCUAGGACGCGUGGCGCGGGACGCCUUCCAGCAGCUCACCAACCUGGUCGAGCUGGACCUCAGCUGGAACCUGCUCACGGCCGUGCCCAGCGCCGCGCUGCGGGGUGUGCCCCACCUGCGCCGGCUGCAGCUCAGCGGGAACCCGAUCGCGCAGCUCGACAACGGCAGCUUCGUGGGCCUCCAGCACUUGACGUACCUGCACCUGUCGCGCUGCCAACUGCGCUCCAUCGAGCCCGGCGCCCUGGACGGCCUACCGGCGCUCGAGUUCUUGCUGCUCGACUACAAUAGACUCACGACGCUGCCGGCGCAAGCGGUGUCCCCCCUUCCAAGACUGUCAACGUUGCACCUGCAGGGCAAUCCAUGGCAAUGCGACUGCCGGCUGAGCAGCCUGCGACGAUGGAUGCGCACCCGCAACAUCCCGCUGGGAGAGCCGCCGCGCUGCGCGGGCCCACCGCGGCUCGAGUCGGCCUCGUGGGACGAGCUCUCGCUCGAGCAGUUCGCGUGCCCGCCGCAGGUGCACGCCGAUUCUCUGGUCAGCGUCCAGGAAGGACGCAACGCCACGCUCGUCUGCCGAGUCCGCGCAGACCCGCCCGCUGUGCUCAGAUGGGAGGCGGCUGACUGGGCUGCCAACGCCUGGAACUCGACGGACGGCGCAUCGGGCCCGGACUUGGACUCGACCCGUUUUCAGGUGCAGCGUGAGCAGAGCGGGCCGUUCCAGCUGAGCUGGCUGUCCGUGGCUCACGCGGGCCCCUAUGACGCGGGCGUCUACAUUUGCGUCGCCGAGAACCGCGCCGGCCUCCGGGCCGCCAACACGACGCUGGCCGUGGUGCAGGCACCACCGGUGGCCAGCGGCCUUUCGCGGACUCACAAGGUGGUCAUCGUGCUGGCCAGCUUCCUGGCGCUGGUCAUACUGGCUCUCAUACUGUGCUUCGUUGUGGCCCGGCAGAGGGCUCUGGCUGCCUCUAGGGCCAAGUUUCCGGGCAUGCUCAAGCAGCUGGCGCGCAAGGCAGACCUGGUCGAAGUGGCAACGCCGAACGACACCAAAGCGGCCCAGCUGGCCGCUAUGCAGCAGCAGUCGCCGCAGGACGGCUCCGCGCAGUCGCCCGGAGACAGGACGACGCCUGACCUGGUUCACGGCAAGAGUGGCGCGGGACUCGACUAUUCCAGGCAGCCGAACGGGUACGGUCCCGUGGGCAACGGCUACGUCAACCCCGCUGACCCCUGCUACGGCCAAUUCGCGCUCCGCGACCGGUACCUCGAAGAGCCACCCGAACCACCUCACAGGCACGGCCUGUACUCGCCGCCGGAGCCGUCAGCGGCGGCCGCGCAAUGGAGGGUAGUCGAACCCACGGCGUCAUCUUGGAAGCGCAACCCGGUAGCCGCGCCUCCGGUAGCAGCCUGCGUGGCGGUCGGUGGAGACACCCGUUACUCUCCCGACGAAGGGUACGGUGAGGGAAACUACGAAGGUACCGAAGUGUGAACGAAGUCGAGGUGUUGUAGGGUCAGCUUGGAAAAACCGCUAACCACGAAGCGCAAGAUAUCGCACGCCGGCAAGCUUUUUUUUUUUUUUUUCGCAAGGCGGGAAGUUGUCUUGAACGUCAAGCGCACCCCUGUUUAGGUCCCGCGGUACCAUCGGGAAUGAAACGCAGUGCGGGAAUAAGAAGCGACGGAAGAAGCUAUCAAGAACGGCGUCUUACGAAUAACGCUGCGCGUCUUACGUGGAACGAGCCGGCAUCGUCACUCUUAUAAGACAGGAAGCCAGCCACUCAGCAGUGAUGCUCGAAAGGUGGAACAUUUUUGUGACAACAAACUGCUGCCAAAAUGGUGUAGAGGUCUAUUUUUCACUACGCGAGGGAAGUGGCAGGGCCAGCGGCUAUGGUCGAAAAAAAGAACACUUCGCAAAAGUAUGACAAACCACGUGACUAAGCUCCAGCGCUUGGAAAACGUUGUCGGCUUACUCGGAAGAACUUCUCUCUCACGUUGUGUGUACAGCGUUCACAAGUCCGUAGUGGUGCCCGCGAUAUCUCCCCCGUGUUUGUUUCCGUAUCCUGUGUUCCUUCCGUUUCGUGUGCAACGGCAAUUCAGUGCAGUAGUGGAAUAUACCUGACUUGUGCGAUCCUUCGCGAGUGCUUUGCGUUUCAACUUUCGAAAACUUAAAAGAAAAAAAAAAUGGUUUUGUGAUGUUUGCAACGAAUUCUAAUUUAUGAGUGACUGAUCUUCAAAAAGUGGAAAAAGGAAAACUGACUGCGUGUUUGACACUUUCGUGAAACAACUGUGUGUGUUUUACAGACGCAAGACUCGUUUGCGAGCGAGUGAUGAAUCCUAGUGACUUGUGGUUCACUGAACACGGUUCCUAACAUGCCCUCCAGAUGUGGCGAGCUGUAACUAGAAAGACAAUAAGCGAGUCAUUUUGGGACUAACGCGUACACAGCGCUUGCCCGUCCACAAAACGCCGCUAACGCACGCGUUCACGCCAAGGCUGCAAAUAGCUAACGCAUACCAGAACAAAGUGGCGACAAGCUGAACAACAAAUGUGACGCCUCGAAGUGAGUCGCGUGGUGAACUUUGCUUCAGUGUCCACGAGAACACUUCGGUGAAUCCUUAUACAUACACUUAUAUAUAUAUUAUUUCGUGUGAAGAUAAGCGCCCUUGUACAUAUUUAUUACCAAAUGUUUGUUGUGACAGUGAAACUUCCGAAGGCCUCAAAUUGAACGCCAAUAAAGCUGUUGUGCCAGA